AUGGAGGCCUUAGAAAACCGUCCAUUUCUCGCCUUUCUCUCCCAACUUGAAGCAGAGACAGUACGAAGACUCUACGAGUCGAAACCGGCAUGUCUCGCGAUUCUUCGGAUGUUGCCGCCAUUGGCGCAGAAAUGUGUGUUGAUCAUGGUCUUUCGAUCGGAAGGGUAAGACAAUUUUAUAUUAUUUUUGCAGUUUUAGGAACUUACUGGAAGAAUGUAACAAGAAUUAUAAGGACGCGGUUGAAGAGAACAUCAGACUGUUGCGGCAAUUGCAUAUUCUGAGUGCAGACGAACCUCCAAUUCUGAAUGUAGGUGCACAUACAGAAUUUUUCAAAAUUUUAGAUAUCAAGCUUAAUGAAGUCUGAUAUUUUGAUGUCUAUUGUGUUUUUAAUUGCUUGUACUUUGUUUGCAGAUCGAUUUCCGGAUGAAUUACCUUCAGUCCUUGAUGAGGCCGCUUGCUCAAGUUGUUGGACUAGACCCCGUGACAAGAAUUGAUGAAAAGGUUCAGAAAGCGGCUAGCCGUGACUUGUACAAGAAGGCACUGGAACGAUGGGAGUGUGUGUUGAGUUAUCUGGCUCUUCCGGACAGUGCCGCAAGUGUUUCGAUGCUCACAGUCGAACUGUUUGAACACAUUGGGUUUAUCAAGAGGAAAGGAAAUGGUUCAGGUAAAAAUUGAUGUUUCAGACUGUUUAUUAAUAUUUAAAAGGCGUUUAUUCUCUAUUUUAGCUCGAGACAUCACUUCAUUGGGUUUCCAAUUCCUUCUUCUUGGUCGUGCCGAGCAGAUCUGGUCCUACCUAAUGUAUUACCUAAAAUAUAUUGAAGUGACCACCGAAGACGUCUUUCCUUUUGUGGAAUUCUUCUUAAGACUCUGCUUAUGUGUUGAUCCAAGCGACUGUAUGUUUUUUCUACGAUUUUUGUCUUUCGGUUUUUAGGUUUUGAAAAAUAUCUUCGUAAAAGCGGUCAUGGAUUAUAUUUUCGAUGUUUCGAUGCUAAUAAUCGCGUGUUUUAGUGUCUGAAACGGCGCAAAACUCGGAUACCGAACGACUUCCCGCUACGCCCUAUCUAAUAGACGAUAAAUGGCCGGAAAUUAUCAAAACUGGCUUCUUGAAACACCUCCGAGAGCUGGGGCUGGUGUUUAUUCGAAAAAGUAAAGACGGAUUCUUCUUUAUCACCCCUCUGAUGGCACUUUUACUUGCCGGCGAUGGCGAGCGAGAUGUGGGGUUGGAAAACACAAGGCAAAAAGGAUUCCUAAUCGCCGAAACCAACUAUCGGCUAGCCGUUUAUUCCAAUUCCCAUCUCCAUUUGUCAAUUCUGAAUCAGUUUGCCGAAAUCGUAGCUAGAUUCAACAAUAUGGCUGUGGGUUUGAUGAGUCGGGAUACUGUCCGACAAGCGUUGCAGCGAGGAAUUACUGCGAAACAAAUUACUCAGUAUUUGAGGGCAAAUUCUCAUCCCAGAGCGGUCGAUACGCAUGGUCAAUAUCAUUGUGUUCCUCCAACGGUGGUUGAUCAGGUAAGAAGAUUUGGCUUUUAAUCGAUUACUAGCCAUUUUUUGAGGUUUAGGAGAGAUUUUGUUGAAAUAAAUUGAAUUUUUUAUAUUACACUUGCCUUCAGAUUCACCUCUGGGAAGAGGAGCGAGAACGCCUGCAAUGUCAAGAUUGUGCCGUGUACAGUCUGUUCGACUCGGACGAGCAAUAUGUGCAGCUCAAGAAUUUCGCAACGGAACGCGGCUUCCUUCUUUACGGCGAUGAUAUUCAACGGGUUGUUGUGGUGACCAACGAAGGAAAUGAAAUGGUCCGGGAAUGGUAUCACGCCCUAAACGAAAGCCGAAUUCAUGCAUAG